AUGGGUUUUUUCUCAUGGAUUUCUUUGUUGUUCAAUCUGUGCAUGCUGUUAUCAACGAAGCCCACUCUGUCUCACUCUUUUCUGAGCAAGGAAGGGUUUGCAGAAAUCCCAUCAAAAUUCUUCAAUUUGGCCAAACGGCCAGAGGUUUUUGAGUAUAUGGUGAACAUUAGGAGGGCUAUACAUGAGAACCCGGAACUUGGUUUUGAGGAAUUUGAGACCAGUAAGCUUAUUAGAAACGAGCUUGAUAAAUUGGGCAUCCCCUAUAAGUACCCAAUUGCUGUUACUGGUGUUGUUGGCUAUAUUGGCUCAGGAAAGUCACCUUUUGUGGCAAUUAGAGCAGAUAUGGAUGCCUUAGCUAUGCAGGAAGCUGUCGAGUGGGAGCAUAAAAGUAAAAUCCCUGGAAAGAUGCAUGCUUGUGGUCAUGAUGCGCAUGUUGCCAUGCUUAUGGGUGCAGCAAAGAUACUUAAAGAGCAUCACAGUGAUUUAGAGGUUUAUCCCUUUCACUUUCUUUGUGUUCAUUUCAUACGGUAA